AUGAAGAGUGAGGAUCAGAAAUUUAUGUCGCGGAGACAGUGGAUGACAUGUGUGUGCUUAACUCCAGCUUUGAUCAACAACGCUUAUACCUUUGUCUCUGUACAAAGCGCAGCCGCUUUAGACAAGAAGCCAGGAGUUUGCCGUAACUGUCAGGGCAUUGGUGCUGUGAUAUGUGUGGCGGUACAGGAAAAUGGAAAGCUCUCAACAGAAAACGUGCAAAAGAUGUAUAUGAGUUUACAGAAUGUCCAAACUGUUACGGUUUACCAAACAACAAAGGCCUUCUUAGAAGGCCUGGUGCUCGUGAGCUACUCGACAAGAUGUACAAUGGUCGGCUUCUUCCCAAUUCAUGAGCAGUUGGUCCGUUUACGACUUGAAAAGCCUGUUGAGGACAAGCGUGCUCCUCUCUCUGAUCAGUCUAUCUCUUGUAAUCUCGCAGAUUGUUACCGCAAAUCUGCUUUUAAGCACAGAACCAAUAGAGACAUGAUUAUAGAAGCGGAAGAAAACUAA